CACAGGACUGCUGCUGCUCCAACCAAGCAGAACAACACCCACGAUCACUCUUCUUCACAUGCACUCACCACUACAACACAACAACAACAACACAACAACACAAUACAACAACCACGAUGACCAUGGCUGCGACUGCUGGGAUGCUUGUGGCAGUGGUGUGGUGCUGUUGCUGCUUGGCAGCGCUGCCUUUUGGUGUGGUGCACGGAGCGCCCGUGACGCAGGAGCGUGCGGGCGUCCGGCUUCAGCAUGCGAAGCACGGCGUUGCCAAUGACGCCUCUGACAGCGUUUGCAGUGGCCAUGGAACCAAGUUCCUUGCAGAGGAGGCAUCGCUCGGCUUCACGGAAUGCCAGUGCUUCCAGUGCUACGAGGGCCCCAACUGCGAGACCCUCACGGCAAACUGCUCUCUGGAAACCCGCGUUGCGGAGGCCACCUUGUUUACCCCUUGGUUCACAAACACCAACAAGGGCAACCUCUCCCUGACUAUCAGCCCGCACUACCAUCCGGGGUAUCUUCGGUCCCCGCGCGUGUUUCCGCCCUCGUCGCUGCCAGAUGACACGAGCUUCGAUGCCAUCAGCCGCAUCCUGAACGCGUCCAUCCGAGAGCUGCACACGCGCGUCGGCAACGUGGACCCGACCAACUACACGCUCGUCCUCGGCGCUGGCGGGGUGCAGCUCAUCGACGCUGCCCUGUAUGCGCUGACGCAAGGGCCCAACCGCCACAAGACCAUGCACGUGUUCGCCGAGAAGCCGUACUACCCGCACUUCCGCAUGGCAUCGGACCUCAACCCGCUCACCAACUGGACGGACGAGGGCAAGCGCAUGUGUUCGGAGGACCCUUCGUCGCUCAUCGAGGUCGUCACCAGCCCAAACAACCCGGAUGGGCGCCGCAUGACCCCAAUCUGCCCGCGCGCGUUCCGCAUCACAGACUACGUGUACCGCUGGCCCCACUACGCCGCCGCUGACACAACCCUGCACGGCGGUGACAUCAUGAUCUUCUCCUUCUCCAAGCUGAGCGGGUACGCUGCGAGCCGCAUUGGCUGGGCCUUUGUGCGCGACCCAGCCGUGGCCAGCAUCAUGAGCCAGUACAUGUGGCUGCAGUCCACAGCCCCCGCCGUCGAGUCACAGCUGCGCGCCGCCAAGUCCCUGCAGGCAAUUGUUGCCAGCAUGGAUGCACCCAUCACCAGCAACACCAACUUCUUCGGCUAUGCACGCGCGGCGCUGGCCGACCGGUGGUCGCGCCUGCACAGCGUGUUUGACAAGCAGACGCGCUUCAAGCUCGACUGCACCGACGGCAACCUGUUCAUGUGGAUCCGUUGCACACACGAGGACGACACGCACGACUGCGCCGCCCCAUUUGCCGCUGUCGGCAUCACAACCGAGACGGGCGUGAACUACGGCGCGGGCACAGAUGUGGUGCGCAUCUGCAUGGGCCACCACGACUCGACGUUUGAGCUGCUGAUGGAUCGCCUCGCCGCCCUCAUGCACAGCGGCGAGCGGACAGAACCGAUGAUUGCGUCAGACGCCGCACUGCGCUCUGCUGACGUCAGCACCGACGCCCGCGCUCAGCCAGCACACGGUGUAUCUAGCACCACCACCACCAGCACCAACUACGGUAUCAGCAGUGACAUCAGCACUUCCUCGUCCUCGUCCUCGUCCUCGUCCCCCUCCUCCUCUGCGCCUGCGUUGGUUGAGGGCCAGGGUGUGGUUGGUCGUGCCGAUGUGCGUCGUGCCGCCACCAAGGUGCCCCGCCCGUCAUUCAGGGGCGCAGACUUCACGGACAUGUCAACGCGGCUGAACGGGCACCUGCAGAAGUACACCUCAUAUGGGGUGUCAUUUGAACCCUGUGACACCUUCACGGUGGGCGACUUGCACAAUGUCACGCGCAUGUUGCACGCGGCGCGCCAGCCCACGCUGCAAGACAUCUACCUCGCCACCAACGACAGCCGGCGCAACGCGUUUGGUCGCCUGGACCAGACCCUGGAGGGAAACAUUGCCACGGAACAGGCUGUGGCGUCCACGGGGGACCACGCCCACGCGCUCGUGCGUGACGCGCUGUGCCACCGCCUGGUCAUGCAGUUUGUGCAUCACCUCUCUGAGCAGCAGCGGCGCGACGGUGGCCGGGGCCUCGUCAUGCCCAUGCUGCCGAACGCAUAUCAUCACCCGGACCAGACACAGGAUGUCGUUGCCAGCAUCGCUGCUGCAGGCCCUGGUGAUGAUGGUCGUGCAGUGGCUGACGACGCUGCUGUUGGUUCUGUUGGUGCUGCUGGCACGAGCACGGUUGAGACGCUGCAUGUCGCCCGCCAGAUGUACGACGAGGCAACCAAGUGCAUCGUGUGCCACAUUGCCUCCAACAGCACAGGUGACAGCACUUCAACAAGUGGCAGCCAUGGAGACAACACGCCUGCGGCCGCCACCGCUGGGGAGAGACCGGAUGUUCCGCUGUGGCCCGAGGAGUUUGACGUUCGUUUUGGUCUCACCACGUCCCACGGCAAGAACGUCUCCAGCCACAUGUACUUCAGCAGCAAGGUGCCUGGGAUGCACAUCUACCAUGAGGAGUGCGUGCAGAACUUCCUGCCACAGCUGCCGCUGGUGAAAGGGCCUUGCAGCCUCACGUUCCACUCCAACGGGCUGUGGUUCAUGUGGCCAAACGCAACAACAGGCAUCGACAACUGCUGCACGGUGGUGCUUACAGACAUGAGCGCAAACCUCGGGCUGGAUGAGCUGGAUGGAUUUGACUUUGUGAAGAACACCACAACAACAGACUACUUUGGUCACACUGUUCAGGCCGAGCAGUGGACAAAUGGGCCGCGCCUCCAGCCGCCAACGGGGUUCAAGAUCUUCAUCGAUCGCAAGACGGGCGAGGAUGUGCACUACCACAACGGCGGCGCGUACUUCCUGGAGUGGGCACUUGACAAGCGGAACGUGCGUCCGCAAGCCGCGUCCACCUUUGAGCUGCCCUCAAACCCGCUGUGUGAGGACUGGUGCUCCCCAGACAUUGCUGCCCACGCCCACGCCCUGGCCCAUCCGGCCCGCGCCGCCGCGCACCAGCGCAUGGCGUUCUCCCCGUGAUGCUGCUGCUCCUGCUGCUGCCAUGAAUCGUGAUGGUAGUGGUGUGGGUGUGACUGGUGUGAGUGUUUGUAUGUGUUGUGUGCGCAUGUGUGCGCUCGCGUGUGUUUCGUGUUGUGUGAAACCUUGCGCUUGUGUUUCGUUCGAUGGCGGCGGCAUGACAGCGCAUUUGGUGUACCCCAUGCGAUGCUGUCCUGAUGACCUUUGCCUCGUGAGGUUGUGUGACCGAUUGGCUGCUUGCUUGGUUGGCCCACCGUCAACGUCCUUGCUCUUGUUCUUUUGCCUGUGUUUGCUUCCUCGUUACGUUCCGCAGCCUUCCGGCCGCCUUUUGUUCCACCUUGCAAUACAAUCCACAUGCAGUCGUGGUUGCACGU